AUGGCGUUCACGCAAGCAGCAAACGUUGUCGAAAGAAUCGUUGGUCAUAGUGAUAAUACCUCAAUCACUACCGAUGUCAGCAACUAUGACAAUGAGUAUGGCAUGGAGACCGGGGACAAAAUAUUGGCCACAACCUGGCAAGGCAAAAACAAAAACGUAGGAGUCAUUCCCCAACUGGAGAAAGGUGAUGUUCUAGGGCACGAGUGUUGUGGAGUAGUCGAAAGAGUUGGACCAGAAGCCGACCGUGUCGAAGUCGGCCAACGCGUCGUCCAAUACUCUCAAUUCGAUAGAACAAAUGGCAAUAAGAUUGAGAAUGCAAUGUAUGGAAAGCGAACGGCUGGCAUGUUCGGGUAUUCGCAUUUUACAGUAGGCUUUGCCGGUGGGCAAGCCGAGUAUACUCGGGUUCCAUACGGCAAUGUUAAUCUUUUGCACAUACCAUUAGAUGUUCCGGAUGAGAAAGCACUUUAUUUAUCAGAUGUGGUUGCCACAUCAUGGCAUUGCGUGGUUGACACCGGUGUCAAGAAGGGUGAUGUUGUUGGAAUCUGGGGCGCUGGCCCUAUUGGGCAGAUGUGUGCGGAAUUUUCCUUCUUUUACGGAGCCAGUCGUGUGAUCUUGAUCGAUGGCGGCGAUGCUGCAUGGCGCUUAGAUUAUGUGAAAACAAAAUUGCCGAAGCUUGAAAUGAUUAGUUUCACUGAUCUUCUUCGAGGAAAGUCUGUGACAUCGCGAGUGAAGGAACUAGUUACAGGGGGCCUUGAUGUGGCUCUGCAAUGCGCUGCAGGGGAAUAUGCUAAAGGUUGGACACACUACUUCGAACAGAUGCUUGGGAUGGAGACGGAUACUUCUGAAUUACUCAACUAG